AUGGACCGCCCUUUACGUCGUGAUUCCUUCGCUCCAAUCAAUCCUGAUAUAGGCUUGAAAGUCCUAGAUGAACAUCUUCUCGAAGAACGGCUCGAAGAACCUAUCUUCUACGAAGAUCAAAGUCCACAACACGCCCAGCAUUGCAUGUCAGCUUUAUCUAUCCACGAAGAUCACGAAUUCGAAAAAGUCCAGCACCAUAAGGAGCGCACUAAGGUUAUAGAUAGUCAUGAGCUGUCGCCAGACUAUCUGUAUUAUCACCUAUCUAAGAGUGGGGAAGACUGGAGCCGAGCGAUUAAGGAUACUAUUUCAGCGCCUGUUGAACAUAUUGAAAAGAAGAUCCGCGUGAAAGGGAGCGACGGGACAGUCCUAGAACAAAGGGCCCGCAUGUCUACUUUACGGCGCAACCAGAUCCUGAAUGCAAUUGACGGGGCCAAUGAUAGAGAGGUUGGUAACACUCACUGGCAAGUAGUUUAUAUCAAGGCAAAGAAGGUGAUAAGUGGAAAGAAGGCUAAGACGGUCGUGGUACCUGAAAUGGAUAUCAUCCUUGCCAAAACCAAGGAACCCGUUGAAACCACGCCAGAAAUCUAA